ACGGAGGAUCGCUCGGGCUCCGCGUCGGUAUGGCUCCAGGCGUUCUCCGCGGGUUAUUAUGACCGCGCGCGGGCCAGCCUGAUCCGCUUGGGAAGGAAAGAUGGACGAGUCGUCGCUGCUGGAUCUGCUGGAGUGCUCGGUGUGUCUGGAGCGGCUAGAUACAAGCGCUAAAGUGCUGCCCUGUCAGCACACCUUCUGCCGCCGCUGCCUGGAGAACAUCGUGAGCUCUAGACACGAGCUGCGCUGCCCGGAGUGCCGCAUCCUGGUGGACUGCGUGGUGGAUGAUCUGCCGGCCAACAUCCUCCUGGUGCGCUUGCUGGACGGCAUCAAGCAGCGGCCGCGCGGCGGAGCGGGCAGACCGGCGCUGGCAGGUGGCGCAGCCGGGCUCUCGGCGUCUCCCCCGGGCACCGCGGCGCGGGACCUGCCCGUCAACACACGGAGCUCCCCGGUGAAGAACGUUCCUCAGCUGCCGUGUGGAAAAGCUCUGUACAGCUACGAGGGCAAAGAACCGGGAGACCUGAAGUUCAAUAAAGGCGACAUCAUUAUCCUGCGGCGGAAAGUGGACGAGAACUGGUUCCACGGCGAGCUGAACGGCAGCCACGGGUUCUUGCCCGCCAGCUACAUCCAGUGCAUCCGGCCGCUGUCGCAGACGCCGCCGCAGGGAAAAGCACUGUACGACUUCGAGGUCAAAGACAAAGACCAGGACAAAGACUGCCUGACCUUCACUAAGGAUGAGAUUCUGACCGUCAUACGAAGAGUGGACGAUAACUGGGCAGAGGGCAUGCUUGGAGAUAAAAUCGGGAUUUUUCCAAUAUUAUACGUGGAGCUGAAUGAAACUGCUAAGCAGCUGAUGGAGAUGGACAAGCCAUCUCCGUCUCCAGCUCCUGGUCCCAGCACUGACACGGGUUCUCCGGCCGCGGGCCCCAGCGCCGCCGUCAGCUGUAAUGGGAGCGGCGUGCACCGGCGUGUGGAGGGCAAGAAGAACGCUAAGAAGCGGCACUCGUUCACGGCGCUCAGCAUGACGCAGCGUUCAGCGCAGGUGCUGGGAAACAACAGACACUCCAUGGAGAUCAGCGCACCUGUGCUCAUCAGCUCAUCCGAUCCACGGGCAGCAGCGCGCAUCGCAGACUGCACACACCUGUCCUCCAGCGCACCUGCAGCACAGGACUCUUCAGUGUGUUCUCCAGCAAACGGUGGAUCUGCGGUUCCUCCACGCGUCUCCACUGCUGCUGGAGAGCUGCUCGCCGCUGCUAAAGUCCAGCUGCCGCUCAACAUUUAUCUGGCGCUGUACGCGUAUAAGCCGCAGAAAGCGGAUGAGCUGGAGCUGCGUAAGGGCGAGAUGUACCGCGUGAUGGAGAAAUGUCAGGACGGGUGGUUUAAAGGGACAUCGCUGCGCUCUGGAGCCUCAGGAGUCUUUCCUGGAAACUACGUCACUCCCGUCUCCAGGGCUCCAUUCUCCGUGGCUCAGACGCGCUCCUGUCUCUCCGGAACGGGAUCGGCUCCUGGAUCCCCGGGCUCCGCCGGUGGUUCUGGCCCGGUGCUGCUGGCGUCUGCAUCUGCGUCCCGCUCCAGCUCCAGCACGCCCCUCAGCAGCCCCUCGUCCCCGCAGCUGCAGCCGGCUGCGCUGCACCUGAAGAACUGCCUGCGCAUGUGCAGCAGCAGCAGCACGCAGAGCAGUGGACAGACCCGCACCGCCAUGCAGAUGGUCCACAGUCCUCCGCGGAGCAGCAGUAGCAGCAGCAGCCCAGAGCGUGUGUGUGUGUCCCCGCUGCGGCCCCAGAGCAGCCCAUCCCGAUCCCCGGCGCGGCCCCUGUCCAUGGUGGCGGUCCCUCAGUCUGCGGGUCCCCAGUCUGCGCUGUGUCCCCUGCUGCCUCUGAGCUCCAGCGUUACUUCAGCGAACAGCACUGUGGGACAGCUGAGCGGAGGAGGAGACGCUGUCCAGAACACAACAUCACCGGCUCACGGCAGCACUGCAUCUGCAGGACUCAACAAGGAGAAGAAGGAGAAGCGCAGCAGUGGGCUCCUGAAGCUGUUGUCUGGAGCCGCAGCUAAGAAGAAGUCCCGCUCUCCUCCGUCCGGCUCGCCCACACACACACAUGAGUCUUGUGUCCCGGCUGUGCUGUCUGCGGAUCUGCGGUCGGUGGGAGCCCAGGGCCGUGCCGGCUCCUGCCCCAUCGAGAGUGACCUGCAGGGGGCCGCGGGGCUGGAGCCGCUGCAUCGCAAAUCUGGAUCUCUGGAUCUGAACUUCUCUGUUUCUCCUCCUGCGCGUCAGGCCUGCUCCUCCUCACCGCUCGCCAUCCGGCCCGAACCCAAGCCUUUAUCCAGAGAGAGGUAUCGUGUGGUGGUCUCGUACCCGCCGCAGAGCGAAGCAGAGAUCGAGCUAAAGGAAGGAGACAUCGUGUUCGUACAUAAGAAGCGAGAGGACGGCUGGUAUAAAGGGACGCUUCAGCGCACCGGCCGGACAGGACUGUUCCCCGGCAGCUUCGUGGAGAGUUUCUGAAGCACAUCCCAUGGUCAAAAACAACCUCCUGAUCCAGACCAGCUCCUCCACUGCCAUCGACCCCACAGAUCAGCAGACCCGGAGCCAAGAAACCAUUCCUUCAGUGUGCUGCUUCAUCCUCACAUCAGGAUAAUACUACAGUCAUUUAGAGCACAUACUGCUGUGUUUUUGAA